AUUUGCCCCUACAAUUGUCGUGCCUAUUCUGUUUGGCACAUUCCAAUCGGAUAUCUUCACAACCGGUAUCGUUCCUGCGCACAUUUACGCGAGCGUGAUGCACGUAUAUAAAUUGGGUUGGCAGCAACAAUUGCACUGACGAGUAGGGGGUAAAUUGUGACGAGUAUAAAAAUUUUUUCAUUUCCAAACGAGCGCCGAGAAUGCUUCGAAUUCAGUUGCAAUAAAAAAGUUUUAUUAUUUUGAUUAGUCAAAGUCAAGGAAAAGAUAGCAAGUAGUUGAAAGAAAGAGGUGAAAGCAAACACAAAGUGAAAAACAAAAGUUUCAAAACAUAAACAUAGCAAUUAAUAAUAAGAAGAAAAAAACAACUGUGCCGCCAAUUUAUGAAUAGUGAAUAAAAAUAUUAAUUGAACAAAAAGCUGUGGAAUAAGCGAUUCAAAAACGGCAAAACCAAACAGUAGGUAGUAGCGAAGGCGCAAGUGAAGCGAGAAGCAAAAUAAGUCGUAAAAAAACUAAAGAAUAGAAACACUGGUGCUCCGUUGGCCAGAAUUUAAAAACCAACAAAAUUCUCUUAAAAAUCGGUUAAAACGUAUAAAAGUGUGGGUAUUUUUUGGUUUCGAAAAUAUAUAACUUUGUAAAACAUUUCGAUAUUAAUAAGUACAGCUAAUUUACGUGAAAAGCGAAACGGUGUUAGCGCGCGAGACCCCCUCGAUGUUGGAUUCCUUUGGAUCAAUCUUAGUCAACACCAACGCCGCUGCCGCUGGAAUCGCUACGCAGGCUAUCAUACAGAGCAAACGACAUGGAAAGCAUCUGUAGAUUGUGCUUUCAACCAGCAGCGCUGUUCCAAGUACCCGGAUAUAAUAUACCCACCUGUGUUAAGUGCUCCGAACAUCUAACCGCUAACGGUUUCUAUCCAUCAGUACGUGGCGGCGGAUCUGGCGGUGGUGCUGGUGGCUCUAGUGCUGUGGAUACGCAAAAUUUGGCAAAUGUCGCCGCAGUCGCAGCGCAACUAAGCAAUAACGUGGCUGCAGCUGCUGGCAACAACAACGUUGCUGCUGUCAACGCUUUGGCACAACAAUUGCAACAGCAACAUCAACAACAGCAACAGCAACAACAGCAGCAGCAGCAACAACAACAGCAACAACAUCAAUUACAAUCAACAAGUUCUUCCGAAAGUUUACAUUCAUCAUCUGAGAUUACAGAGAAGCAAAACCGGCAAAAUCGUCGCCAGGUUAAUUUGCAGAAUCGCGCGAAAUUAAAAAUGGUCACAAUGUCAGCAUUUGAGUUGGAGAAGACCAUACAACAAUUAGACGUGGACUCGAUUUUCAACGAGGAGGGGUCCUGUCCGCUCUGCAACAAGACCUUCUCGCGCAAAUCUUCAUUACUCACACACAUACGCAAUCACGCAGCGGAGCGGAAGUUCGUUUGUAAUUUUUGCAAUAAAGGUUUUACACAGGCGGCCAAUUUGCGCAAUCACGAACGCAUCCACACAAACGAUCGUCCGUAUGUGUGUGUGGAUUGUGGCAAGCAGUUUACACAGAUCACAAACUUGAAUAAUCAUCGGCGUUUGCACACUGGUGAACGUCCCUUCGUCUGCAUCGAACCCGAGUGUGGACGCUCGUUUGCGCAGGUGACCAAUCUGAACAAUCACAUGAAGACGCACCACAAAGUACAGCAAUACUGUUGCAAUCAAUGUCCGAAGAAGUUCACACAAGUCACCUCGCUCAAUCAGCAUCUGCAAGCGCACGCUGGCAUCACCGGCUACUACUGUCCACGCUGUCCGGACAAGACGUUCAAGCAGCAAUCACAGCUGCACACACAUAUGAAGUCGCACGGCAUGGCCUUCCCGUACGAGUGCACCAAAUGCGAUGAGAAAUUCCUGCAGCAGGCACAUCUCGAUCAGCACCUGAAGAUGCACGAUGAGUUCAAAUACAAAUGCGACACAUGUCCCAGCUCAUUCAACCAGGAGACGUUGCUCAAGAAGCACGUGCAGCGUCAUUUGGAGGGCAGAUAUCUCACCUGCCCGGUGGCCAAUUGCAAUGAAGCUUUCGCAGUGCGACAGCAUUUAUCCAAACAUUUGCUAACCAAUCACGCACACAACGAGCUGCCGCCGCCGAAGCGUUCGAAGAAAUCGAUAACACUGCAAUCGCCGCAACAGCCGUUGGCUAUGAUCGGUCAGCCGCUCUCCAUACAGCACACAGUCGGCCAACGUAUGUGUUCGAAUACAGGAAGAAAGCGUGGCCGGCCGCGCAAGAACAAAGAACCGCUAAAUCCUCCCAUCAAAGUUGAGAUUAACGAGCCGCUACACAAUCAGCACGUCAUCAGCAAUGCCAGCGGCUUGUCUAUACAACAACAACUAAGCCAGCAUAUGCAGCAGCAGCAACAACAACAGCAGCAACAGCAAUUGCAUCAACAACAGCAACAACAACACCAAUUGCUGGCCCAUCAAGUGAAGGCGCGUUUCAUACCGACCAAAUAGAGACGACAGCGGCGGCGGCGGCGUAAGGAUGCCAACUGAAUCGCUUUACAACUAUACUUUUCUAUUUUAGGUUAUAAAUUCAAUUUCGCGUGGAAAUGCAGAUUCUCUUCUAAGCAAUUAUUGCUGCUUGUGUAAUAUUUAAGGCUUUAACUUAAUUUUUAAUUAAUUAAUUGUAAUUACGUUUCAUUUAUUUUGUUAUUGCAAUGUGUGCAGUAACGUGUAGGGCGUGUAUUGUGUGAACGCUAAGUCCCGCAUGAAAAUGUAAGAAGGAAAAGAAAAAAAUAUAUAUAGAAUGAGCGUUUAAGAAA